AUGAGUCAACUAACUAUUUUGAGUCUUUCAGCUAAUCAAUUGAGUGGUCAGAUCCCAAGUUCAUUAUUUGAACUGGUUAAUCUUCAAGGUCUUUAUCUACUUUCCAAUUACUUGAAUGGAACUGUGGAACUCCAACUGUUAUCUAAGCUCAAAAAUCUCAUUUAUCUCCAAUUAUCAGACAACAGGUUAUCAUUACUCAGUUACACCAGAGCCAAUGCUACUCUCCCUAAAUUCAAGCAUUUAGGAUUGGGUUCAUGCAAUUUAACUGAGUUUCCUGAUUUCCUGCAGAACCAACAUGAAUUGGAGAUUAUCACCCUUUCUGAAAACAAAAUUCAUGGUCCAAUUCCCAAGUGGGUGUGGAACAUAAGCAAAGAAACCCUAGUCACUCUGGACCUUUCAAGAAACUUUUUAACAGGCUUUGACCAACGUCCAUUUGUGCUUCCAUGGUCCGGGUUGCACACUUUGCGACUUGAUUCUAACAUGCUGCAAGGUCCACUUCCAGUUCCGCCACCAUCAACAGUUGAAUAUUUAGUCUCUGGAAAUAAACUGACAGGAGAAAUUUCGCCACUUAUUUGCAACAUGACUUCUCUUGAGUUACUUGAUUUGUCUAGUAACAAUUUGAGUGGUAGGAUUCCUCAAUGUCUGGCCAACUUCAGCAGAUCUCUGUUUGUAUUGGACCUGGGAAGCAACAGCCUUGAUGGCCCCAUUCCUGAAAUAUGCACGGUGUCUCAUAAUUUGAAUGUGAUUGAUUUAGGUGACAAUCAAUUCCAAGGCCAAAUACCGAGAUCAUUGGUCAAUUGCACGAUGCUUGAGCACCUUGUUCUCGGAAACAAUAAAAUCAAUGAUAUUUUCCCUUUCUGGUUAGGAGCUCUCCCACAACUACAGGUUCUUAUUUUGAGAUCCAACAGAUUCCAUGGUGCAAUAGGAAGCUGGCACACUAAUUUCAGGUUUCCCAAGUUGCGCAUCAUCGACCUCUCUGACAAUGAGUUUAUAGGUGAUUUGCCAUCAAAGUAUUUCCAAAACUGGGAUGCCAUGAAGCUUACAGAUAUUGCAAGCGGCCUUAGGUACAUGCAGAUAAGCCCAAUGAUGGACUUGAAAAUAAUGUGUGGAUUACCGGUUACAUGUACUCAAUGA